AAACCACCCGGGCUGUUAACAGCUAUAAAAGCCUCCUUUAAGAUGAGCACACUCAUUCCUUCAGUCAGGCUUGAUCAGUGAGUUGAAGAGCAAGAGGAAAAAUGAAGGCUGCUGCAGGUUUUGUCGUGUUUGCCUGUCUACUUAUUCUUCACGUAGAAGGACAGGCCAGGCCCAGUGUGAGGAGAUGUUUGUGUCAAGGUCCAGGUUCAAAUUAUGUUCCUCCCAAACAUGUUGACCGGAUUGAAAUUUAUCCUCCUAGUGCAUCUUGUGAAAAUGUUGAAAUGAUAGCUGUUCUGAAGAAUGGUGCAGGUAAAAAAUGUUUGAAUCCUGAAUCCAAGUUCAUGAAGCUUAACCUCAAGAAGGCCAGGAGUCAAAGGAGGAGUCAACUGCAGGAAAACGAAGCUUAAAAGACGAGGAUAUGAAUUUUUUUUUUUAUUAUUAUUAUUAUUAUAUUUCCAGUAGGUUUUGUUACAUUUUGCUAUAUUUAUUGAAUAUUUAUUUUUGAUGCCGUAACAAACACAACUGGUAAUUAGCUGAACGUUUAAUUUAUUCAGUGUCCCACUGGAUAUUGCUGGACGAAUUUAUACAUUUAUCUUUUGAUGUAUCUUUUGUAAUAUCAUUCUUUCCAUGUUGUCUUGAUUUUCCUAUUGUUAUUUUAUUACCUGUUGUAUUUUUCACGAAUAUAAAGGAAAGGAAUGCUGGCAUUUUCCGGACUGUACAGCGAAUUCCAUUUGAUUUAAUGUAAUUUAAUUGUUUUAAUUAUUUUACUGUUAAUUCCAUUUUGACUGUUUAAAAAGCAUUGCAUUACGUGUUCAUCAAUGUAUGAUUGUGUAUGUGACA